AUGGAGGUGUCAGAACCUGCGAAUGAGAAGCAAACAGGGGAGAUGGUCAAUAGAGACGCUGUUCUGGCUCGGGUUGCGACAGAAAAGAGAUUGGCUCUCGUCAAAGCCUGGGAAGAAAGUGAAAAAACCAAGGCAGAAAACAAGGCGUACAAGAAGUUAUCCACCAUUGAAGCAUGGGAGAACAGCAAAAAAGCUAAUGUAGAAGCUGAGCUCAAGAAUAUUGAGGAAAAAUAUGAAAAGAAGAAAGCGGAAUAUGCAGAGAAAAUGAAGAACAAGACAGCUGAAAUCCACAGAGCGUCAGAAGAAAAGAAAGCAAUGGUUGAAGCCAAAAGAGAGAGGAUGUCCUCAAGGCAGAAGAGAUUGCUGCAAAAUUUCGAUCAACUGGUACCGUUCCAAACAGGCUGUUUGGUUGCUUUGGCUGCUAAUUUUCUAUUAGGCUGA